AGCAACACGAUGUUCUCAGUCCGCGAGCGGCCGUUGACGGUUAGGUUCGGUGUGGGAGCGAAAGUAGUUAAAAAAUACGAAAAAUCGACGAUUUUCCCAAAAAAAAUGUGCAUGGUGUACUAAACCCGGAAGCUGUGUUACAAUGUUCCAGUUCGGAUAAGACCAUCCCCAACCCUUGUUAUGUUUUGUUUUGUUUGAAUAUUAAUUGUUGAGUGUGUGUUUUGUUGGGUACCAUGAGGUGGUUCGGGGGAAACCCGAGUUAUUUAAACUACUUGUCAAUUUUGGUAUUUUGUUGUUGGACUAUUUUCCUGGUCAUUGCGGAUUCCAGACUGGCACCUGGUCCAGGUGGAGAUCCUUCGGGAGUUGUUUGUCCUUUGGGCAUGUUCCGGUGUCCUGAAGGAAAAUGCAUUCCGGCAAUAUGGGUAUGCAAUUAUGAAAAAGACUGUGAAAAGGGGGAGGAUGAGUUUCAAUCAUGCUCUCCUCCUGAUUGUGAACCGGGUCAACUUACAUGUAGACAAUAUAUAUGGAAUAAAACGUAUUGUAUUCCACCACAUUAUCGCUGUGAUAUGACUGUGGACUGUAUAGAUGGAUCAGACGAGACGGAAUGUACAUACAGAAAGUGCCAAGCCGACGACUUCCAUUGCGGUCCCCGUGCAUCCGAUCCUUGCAUUCCAAAAGAAAAAAAAUGUGACGGUUAUUUAGAUUGUCGAUCUGGCAAAGAUGAGCAAGGCUGUUCAGGAAUCGCUUGCCGACUUGAUCAAUUUCGAUGCGCCAAUGGCCAACGUUGUAUAGAACACUCGCAGAAAUGCGACCACAAAAACGACUGCGGAGAUAAUUCCGACGAGCAGGGUUGUAACUUCCCCCUUUGCCAAGGAGUCCAAUUCCGGUGUGCCAACGCCUUGUGCAUCCCCGGAGCCUUCCACUGCGACGGCUAUCAGGACUGCUCCGACGGCUCCGACGAAGUCAAUUGCACCGCAAUCGCAUGUCCGGACAACAAAUUCCUGUGCCUCAAAGGGGGCACCAACCGGAGUCCUAAAUGCAUCCAGAAAAAUAAGUUAUGUGAUGGGAAACGCGAUUGCGAGGAUGGGGCCGAUGAGGAGACAGCGUGCUCGAAAUUGUCAUGUCCUUCGUUGGGGUGCGAGUAUAAGUGUCAGGCGUCGCUCACGGGGGGCUCCUGUUACUGCCCAGAUGGGCGCAAAUUGGCCCCCGAUAACCGCACUUGCGUCGACCGAGACGAGUGCUCCGAAUGGGGCUUCUGCGACCAAAUCUGCACCAACACCGAUGGGGGGUACAAGUGCUCCUGUGCUCUGGGGUACGCCCUCAAGGACAAAAACAGGUGUAAUGCCCUUAAUGCCAGCGCCAUGAUGCUGUAUUUCGUCCAUGAUAAAGCCAUCUUCAGGAUGAGUCCCACGGGACAGGAUGUGCAAGUCAUUGCGAAUACGACGGGGGCUAGUGGAUUAGAUUUUCAUCACAAUAAAAAUAUGUUGUUUUGGUCGGACACUAAGACAAAACGGAUCCACUCCCAACAACUCCGCACCCCCUCCAACGGCAUAACCACCACCACCGACAUCGACGUCGCCCUCCCCGGCAUGUGGCUCCCAAUCGCCAUCGCCGUCGACUGGGUCGGCAACAAACUCUACGUCGCCGACUCCGUCGGCCAAAAAGUCGACGUUUUCGAACUCCCUUCAGCCCGCUGGCACGCCAUCGUCCUCGGCUCCAACCUCACCAACCCCGCCGACCUCGCCUUGGACCCCACAAUGGGCCUCCUCUUCGUCGCCGACAGCUCGCAAGUCCUCCGCGCCAACAUGGACGGCACCAACGCGCACGCCAUCGUCUCCGAAGCCGCCUACAAAGCCUCCGGGAUCGCCGUGGACAUCAUCGCCAAACGGGUCUUCUGGUGCGACUCUCUCCUCGACUACAUCGAAACGGUGGAUUACCACGGCCAAGGACGCUUUCUCGUGGUCCGGGGCCAAUCAGUCCCAAGUCCGGCCCGUUUGGCCUUAUUCGAAAGUAGAGUCUAUUGGACCGAUGGUACCAAACAAGGGGUCAUGUCCGUGGAUAAAUACGACAGUUCUAGCAUCCAAUCGAUAUAUCGAAUGCAGGAAAUUAGAGACCCUAAAGCGGUCAAAGCCAUCCAUGGGCUAACCCAACCGUAUGCGAGCAACCCAUGUGGGCACAACAAUGGGGCUUGUCACCACAUGUGCAUCAUCACCAACUCCGGGGGAAGUCUAGGUUUCCGGUGUGCGUGCGACACCGGAUUUAGACUAACCGAAGAUGAGCGAACUUGCGACUUAAUCACCGAAUUCCUCAUGUAUUCCCAACAGAGAUUCAUCAAAGGGAAAGUCCUAAACCCCGUGAUUGAAGGCUUCAGCGAUGCUAUGCUCCCAGUGGUGUCCCGAAGAGCCCGUUUCGUGGGGCUGGACUUCGACGCACGUGACCAACACAUCUACUACUCCGAUGUCCUCCAGGAUGUCAUCUACAGAGUCCAUCGCAACGGCACCAGUCGCGAAAUAGUCCUCGCGUCCCAAAACGAAGGCGUGGAAGGCCUCGCCAUAGACUGGGCCUCCAAAAACUUAUACUACAUUGAUAGUCGCAAAGGCACUUUAAAUGUUCUAUCAACGAGAAAUGUCACCUACCGAAGGACACUCCUAAAAAAUUUAAAACGACCAAGAGCCAUAGUUGUGCAUCCCAAUAAGGGAUUUUUGUUCUUCUCGGAGUGGGAUCGCCCGGCUAAUAUCUCACGAGCCGCCAGUGAUGGAACAAACUUGACUGUUUUUAAAAAUUUGACUCUGGGAUGGCCGAAUGGACUCUCGAUUGAUUUUGAACAAGAUCGGUUGUAUUGGUGUGAUGCACUACUUGAUCAUGUGCAACAUUCGAAUCUCGAUGGGACUGAUGUUAAAACUGUCAAUUCGAGAUUGAUCAGACAUCCGUUUAGUAUUGUUAUACAUAAGAAUUUUAUGUAUAUUACUGAUUGGAGAUUGGAUGCGAUUAUUAAGCUUCAUAAGUUGACGGGAGAGAAUGAAGAAACGUUGAUAAGGGAACCGCAAACCAAUCGACUAUAUGGAGUUAAGAUAUACAGCGAGCAGGAGCAGCGGAUCGACGCCAGCCAUCCCUGCUGGAGCAACAACGGCGGUUGUUCAAAACUCUGUUUCGCUGUUCCGCAGGAGAGUGGAAAUUUGGUGGCGAAAUGCGGUUGUCCAUAUGGAGAACGGCUGAUGCCCGACCAAAAAACCUGUCAAGCUGAUCCAAGCCACGAACCUCCGGUGCAAGCAUGUCCAAACAGUUGGGAUUUCACGUGUAAUAACCAGAGAUGCAUUCCAAAAUCGUGGGUGUGUGAUGGAGACGACGACUGUUUAGAUAACAGUGAUGAAGAACAAAAUUGUACAAAACCAACCUGCGGCACGAACGAAUUCCAAUGCAAAUCGGGCCGUUGCAUCCCCAUGACAUUCAAAUGCGACGCUGAGAACGACUGCGGCGAUUUUAGUGACGAAACCGGUUGCGUGAACGUAACUUGCGGCUCGACGCAAUUCCAUUGCGACAACGGCCGUUGCAUCCCCAACAGCUGGAAAUGCGACUCGGAGAACGACUGCGGCGACGGCUCCGACGAGGGCGAAUCCUGCGCUGAGAAGACCUGCGCUUAUUACCAAUUCACGUGUCCGAGGACGGGCCACUGCAUCCCGCAGAAUUGGGUCUGCGACGGCGACGACGACUGCUUCGACAAGCAGGACGAGCAGGACUGUCCCCCCAUCACCUGUCAACCGAAUCAGUUCAAAUGCGCUGAUUUACGACAGUGCGUGCAAGAAAGUUACAAAUGCGACGGGAUUCCGGAUUGUAAUGACGGCAGUGAUGAAUUGGGGUGUCCCUCCAUUGCACCUGAUCAGUGUAACAAUGAGAAGCAGUUUCAGUGUCAAUCGUCGAGUAUUUGCAUACCCAAAGCGUGGCAUUGCGAUGGGACGCACGAUUGUGAUGAUGGGUCCGAUGAGCCGGAGUCCUGUGGAGAGAUCAAGUGUGCACCCAACUUUUACAUGUGCGACAAUGGACAGUGCGUUUUUAAGGCCUACAUAUGCGACGGCAAGGACGACUGCGACGACGGCUCCGACGAGAGCUACAUCCACGCUUGCAAAAAACCACCAUUCCGGUGCCCAUCUGGGCAAUGGAACUGUCCAGGGGUGUCCGAACGCUGCGUAAAUCUAACCAACGUUUGUGACGGCAAACCCGACUGUCCUAACGGUGCCGACGAAGACCCUGAUUGCGAUUUCAAAGAAUGCCAACAUCAAGGCGGCUUAUGUUCCAAUGGGUGCAAAGAAACACCCAUAGGACCAAUGUGUCUAUGCCCUUUGGGCGAAACCUUGAAAGAAGACGGAUUCACAUGCGAGGACCUCAACGAAUGCGAACCACCCGGAAUUUGCUCACAGACUUGCACCAACACCAAAGGUUCCUACUUUUGUAGCUGUGUCCCAGGUUAUCUACUAGAACCCAAUAAGCAUUCAUGCAAGGCUUAUAAUCAUUCAUCAGCCUUUUUGAUCAUUUCCAAUCGGCAUUCCAUUCUUGUGGCAGACUUGAAGGAUCAAGGCCUUGAACGAGUACCAAUCAUCGUUGAAAAUGUCGUCGCUACUGCCUCCAAUAUGCAUACUGGAACCAUCUUUUGGUCCGAUAUGAAAUUGAAGAAAAUUUCGCGACUUGAUCGUGGCGGUGAACCAGUUGAAGUUAUUUCGAAUGGUUUAGAUCUUGUUGAAGGUUUGGCCUAUGACUGGAUUGGUGGAAACAUCUACUGGUUGGACUCCAAACUUAACACCAUCGAAGUUGCGAAAGAAAAUGGCAGUAAUCGAAUUGUUCUUGUCAAAGAAAACAUCACGCAACCGAGGGGAAUGUGUCUGGAUCCAAGUCCAGGCACUCGAUGGUUGUUUUGGACUGACUGGGGCGAAAACCCGCGAAUUGAAAGAAUCGGAAUGGACGGCACCAAACGUUCGACAAUCAUCAACACUAAAAUCUAUUGGCCAAAUGGACUUACCCUAGAUACUGCGACUCAAAGAGUGUAUUUCGCUGAUUCAAAACUUGACUUUAUCGAUUUUUGUUACUACAAUGGAACUGGUAGACAACAAGUACUUGCAGGAAGUCACUACCUCCUCCACCCACACUCUUUAACCCUUUUUGAGGACACUCUAUACUGGACCGAUCGUCAACUCAAUCGAGUUUUGUCAGCACACAAAUUUAAAGGCAAUAAUCAAACGGUUGUUUCGCAUCUAAUUUCGCAACCUUUGAGUAUCCACGUCCAUCAUCCCUCUCUACAACCAAUUACGGAGAAUCCCUGUCAGAAUAAUCCCUGUCAACACAUUUGUUUGUUGUCACCAUCGUCCAACACCGGUUAUACUUGCAAAUGCCGGGCUGGGUUUAAACUAAUCUCAGAUGGGCGAUGCACUGAAGAAGAAUUGUCGCUACUUUUGGUGAUGACUGGUACCCAAAUUAUUGACGUUUCUGCCACACCAGGUGACACCUCCGCUGGGUUCCUUAUCCCCAUUGUAGGGGUCGAAAAUGGGGUGCAGAUUGAGUACGACCGGAAAAAUAGUGUUGUUUUUUGGGUGGAGGGCAAGGAAAAUGAGGAUGAAAAUUUCACAGUAUGGACCACGCCCUACAGCGGCGGUAACAAAACCCAAUUCCUUGGCCUUGACUCCGGUAUCGUGGGCUCCGCCUCGGCAAUAGCCUUCGACUGGCUCGGUAGAAACCUCUUCAUCGGUAAUAGAGUCGCUAGCAACUUUGAAGCCGUCCGAGUUGACGGUAAAGUCAAACACCGAACGGUAAUUCUCGCCAAUGACGGUAACAAAACCUCUGUUGCGAAACCACGCGCCAUGUGUCUUGAUCCCACUGACGGUAAAUUAUUCUGGACUGAUGAAGGCGGCUCUGGAGUACCACAGAAAAUCGGUAAAGUCAACAUGGAUGGCUCCAAUGCUGUGGUUCUAGUAGACGAAGUUGAACGACCCAGUGCCAUCACAGUCGACAUUGACACGAAAAUUCUGUACUAUAGUACGCAAUUUCCGCCUAGUAUUGUCUCGAUUGACUACUAUGGUAAAAAUAGCAAGGUUAUUUUAACCGAAGAAAAUGCUAUUUCGAAACCAAAGGCGUUGGGGGUGAUGGGAAGUCGAUUGUUUUAUUUGGACCCGGUUUAUGAGAAGUUGAUGCGAGUUGACUUGCCCAAUGGGAACAACGCGAAGACUAUCCUCGAGAAUGAACCCAACUUGAGGACCUUCACGAUUUACAGGAAACGUCAAAUGGUGGACCACCCGUGUCUGCAAGGCAACGGCGGUUGCGAACAGAUCUGCCUCCCCGGCGAGGGCAAAUCCCGUUCUUGCGCUUGCGGCGUCGGUUACAAAAAAGAAAACGAGAUAAGUUGCACCCCUUACAAAACCUUCGCUGUGGUAGCCCAACUCGACAUGGUCCGAGGCUACAGUCUCAAAGACAGUUCCGAAGCCAUGGUCCCCAUCAGCGGCCCCGGCCACCACAUCCUCCACAUCGACGUCCACUACCUGGAAUCCUGGAUCUACUGGGUGGAGCACAAUCGCGUCACGUGGAACGGAAUCUUCCGAAUCCGGCCGAACGGAACCGAACUCCAACACAUCAUCAAAACGGGAAUUGGGAGUAACGGAAUCCGGGGAUUGGCCAUCGAUUGGGUUUCCCGGAAUUUAUAUUUCACCAAUGUGUUCCCCCAUGAGAAUUAUGUGGAAGUGUGUUGGUUGGAUGGUACCAACCGGAAGGUGAUUUUCAAGACUACUACUGACUCCCCAAGGGAACUAGCAGUGAACCCAUUGAAACGCAUCCUCUACUGGAUCGAUUAUGGGCAGUACCCCCGGAUCGGAAAGGCUAAUCUGGACGGGUCGGGCUGGGGGCCCCUCAUCACCUCGGGGAUAAGCAACCCAACGGAUUUGACCAUCGAUAUGAACACCCAUGACGUGUACUGGAUCGACUCCAAACUCGACACCAUCCAGAAAAUCUCCCACAGUGGGGGUAACCGCCAAAUCAUCAGACGCAACUUACCCAACCCAAUGGGUAUCGCAGUGCACAAAAGCGAGGUUUAUUGGGUCGACCGCAACCUCAGGACUGUCUUCAAAGCCUCGAAAAUUCCAGGGAAUACCACCCUUCCCAUGCGAGUCCGGACCAACCUUCAAGGGUUGCGCGACAUUGCCAUUUUCGACGUCACCAACCAACCCACCGAUGAGACCAACCCUUGCAAAUUCCGAAAUGGGGGUUGUGAACAACUCUGUUUCUCAUUCCCGGGGGAUGGAACCACGAGGAGCACCCUCAAGUGCGAUUGCGCGACCGGGAACCUCGCCCCCGACGGGCGGAAAUGCGAAUACGCGAAUGAGUAUCUAGUGUUUUCGACACGGACUGAAAUAAGGGCAAUUAACCUCGAUCCAAGGUCCACAAACACACCCUUUAGCCCUAUUGGUAACCUCACAAACGUGGUAGGGAUCGAUUUUGACUACAAAGACCAGAAAUUGUUGUUUACCCAAAUCCGGCCAUGGGCCCGCAUCGCUUAUAUGCCGGCAACUAAUCCCAAAAACACCGAUAUUAAGAAUAUCAUCAGUCGCGGGAUUAAUCCCGAAGGGAUUGCGUACGACUGGACCCAAAAGAAGGUUUAUUGGACGGAUUCUAGCAACCACAGUAUUUACGCCAUGAAUUUAGAUGGGUCACAUUUAGUGAUGAUUGCUAGAGUGGAGCGUCCUCGAGCUAUAGUUAUCGACCCUUGUAAAGGUACUCUCUACUAUACCGACUGGGGGAAAUUUGGUACCAAUGGCAAAAUUAUCCGAACCACCAUGGCUGGGUCCUUGAAACGGGUCAUAAUCGACAAGAAUUUGGCCCAACCUUCGGGUUUAGCCCUUGAUUAUAAGGACAAGAAGUUGUAUUGGACCGACGCCGUGCGUGAGAAGAUCGAAAGGGCGGAUUUGGAUGGGCAAAACCGAGAAGUUCUCGUCUCUGCGACCAUUUACCCGUUUUCCAUAACCGUCCAUGGGGAUUAUAUCUACUGGACCGAUUUGCAACUAAGAGGUGUUUAUCGGGCUGAGAAACACACCGGGAAUAAUAUGGUCGAGAUGGUUAAGAGAUUGGAGGAUAGUCCUAGGGAUAUUCAAGUUUAUACAACCACACGACAGACUUGUAGUGUCAAUCCGUGUAAUAUUAAUAAUGGUGGGUGUGCACAGAGUUGUCAUCCUGGACCAAAUUCCACGGCGGAGUGUCGAUGUGAUGAUAAUACGAAGUUGGUCAAUGAGGGGAGGAUGUGUGUCGCUAAGAAUUUGACUUGUGAUACGAGUAAAUUUUAUUGUGCUAAUGGGAGGUGUAUUUCGAGGAUGUGGGCCUGUGAUGGGGAGGAUGAUUGUGGAGAUAAUAGUGAUGAAGACACCAAUUAUUGCUCUUUCCACUCUUGCUCCCCGAACGAAUUCCGUUGUGCCAACGGUCGCUGCAUAUUCAAAUCAUGGAAAUGCGACCACGAGAACGACUGCAAAGACGGUUCCGACGAAAAGGAUUGCCAAUAUCCACCUUGUGCUGUCGGGGAGUUCACUUGUGCCAAUCACAGAUGCAUUCCCAUGUCUCAGGUUUGCAACGGCGUAAAUGACUGCAAAGACAACGUGACAUCUGACGAGACCCACGAACGUUGUCCCCAAAACACCACAUGUCCUGCUAACCACCUAAAAUGCGAGAAAACCAACAUUUGUGUCGAACCUUAUUGGUUAUGUGACGGCGAUAAUGAUUGCGGUGAUAAUUCCGAUGAAAAUCCAUUGCAUUGUGCACAAAGGACUUGUCCUCAAAAUAGUUUCAGGUGUCCUAAUCAUCGUUGCAUUCCUGCGACUUGGUAUUGUGAUGGUGAUGAUGAUUGUGGUGAUGGAGCUGACGAACCGCCGGAGUAUUGCAAGAGUGAGGGCCGGACUUGUUUCGGUGAUUUGUUCACUUGUGAUAACGGAAAUUGUGUUCCACGAAUUUAUAUCUGUGAUGGCGAUAAUGACUGCUUGGAUAACAGCGAUGAGGACAGCAGACACGAAUGCAAUGACCGGAAAUGUGACGAGCAAACCGAGUUUACUUGUGAGGAAAACAAGGCCUGGGGCAGAGCACAGUGCAUCCCCCGGAAAUGGUUGUGUGAUGGUGACCCUGACUGUGUUGAUGGUGCUGAUGAGAAUUCGACUUUGCACCACUGUGCAACCCCCCAGCCGUGUUCCGAAGACCAAUUCACAUGUGCAAAUGGGCGGUGUAUCAACAAGGGUUGGCUUUGUGACCAUGAUAACGAUUGUGGUGACGGUACCGAUGAAGGGAAAGAAUGUAACUCGAAAUACAAGACAUGCUCUGCGAAAGAAUUCACUUGUCAGAACUUCAAAUGUAUCCGAAAUCAGUAUAGAUGUGACGGAGAGGAUGACUGCGGUGACCACUCUGAUGAAGUUGGAUGCAAGAAAGAAAAUAACACUUGUGCCAACCCUUCGCAAUUCAGAUGUAACAAUGGAGACUGUAUUGAUGGUCAUUUAGUUUGUAAUAAAGUAUCAGACUGCGCUGAUGACUCUGAUGAACCUUUACAUUGUAAUGUUGACGAAUGUGCCAAAGUUGAAAUUCAUCAGUGUGGUCAUAAGUGUGUUGACACUUUGACUGGGUAUUACUGCGAGUGCAAUGCUGGAUACAAAUUGCUCCAAGACGGCAAAGCUUGCGCCGACAUCGACGAAUGCGUGGAAACCCCCGGCGUAUGUUCCCAAUACUGUUCCAACACCCCUGGCAGUUUCUACUGCAAAUGCAACGAACAAUACUACGAACGCGAACCCGACGAACACACCUGCAAACGCAAAGACACCGUCGAACCCUGGAUCAUCUUCACCAACAAAUACUACAUCCGAAACAUGUCAAUCGACGCUGGAGUCUACAACCUCGUCCACCAAGACUUGAUGAACGUAGUAGCCCUCGACUACGACAUGAUGGACCAAAAAAUGUACUUCUGUGACGUCACAGCUAAAACAAUAUACCGUUCACCAAUCGGAAGCCCCGAAAAAGAACCAAUCAUAAGACACGACUCGCAUGGCCUUGAAGGCAUCUCAAUUGAUUGGAUCGGGCGGAAAAUCUAUUGGUUGGAUCGACACUCGAAGAAUUUGGACGUGUCGGAAUUGGAUGGUACCAACCGCAAGACACUUAAAACCAGUAUUAAUGACCCGAGGGCGAUUGUGGUGCAUCCAGGAAUUGGGUAUUUGUACUUCACUUCGUGGCAUUUGCAGGCUUAUAUCGGGAAAUUGGGGAUGGAUGGGAGCAAUUUUACCACAAUUUUGACAUGGGAGGACGACAUUGCGUGGCCUAACGCCCUCACAAUUGACUUCUUCACCGAUCGACUCUAUUGGGCCGACGCCCAUUUGGACUACAUCGCCAUGGCGGAUUUGGACGGGAAAAACCGCCAUAUUGUCAUUUCGGGGGCUGCAGUGCCCCAUGUUUUCGCACUGUCGCUCUUCGACGACUACAUCUAUUGGACUGAUUGGAAUUUGAAAGCCAUAAGUCGAGCGAAUAAGUUUGAUGGGACAAAAUUACAAAUCUUGAGAAAUACUACCCAUAAACCGUAUGAUAUUCAUGUGUUACACCCAUUGAGACAGUUGCCCUAUUCUAAUCCGUGUGGGGCUAACAAUGGGGGGUGCUCUCAUUUGUGUUUGAUAGCACCACCACAUAUUUCGAGCUAUUUGAAUAUCGAAUAUGGGGAGGAAGGGGCCACUACGUACAAGUGCGCAUGUCCGAAUCAAUUCUCUUUGGGCAAAGAUGGGAAAACGUGUAUUGCCAAUUGCACGAGUGGGCAAUGGCAGUGCAAGGGGCAUGACGAGAAGUGCAUUCCUUGGUUCUGGCAAUGUGACGGCGAGCGCGAUUGCAAAGACGGCUCAGACGAACCCUCCACAUGCCCUCCCCGCCAAUGCCGCGCUGGUACAUUCCAAUGCAAGAACGGCAAUUGUACCCCCUCCUCGACCAUCUGCGACGGCACUGACGACUGUGGUGACGGCUCCGAUGAGCAACAAUGCGACAUGCCUUGUCCCGAAUUAGAAUUCAAAUGUCGCUCCAACGGUCGCUGUAUUCUCAACAGCUGGAAAUGUGACGGCGACCCCGACUGCAAAGACGGCUCUGACGAGGACCCAAGUAUCUGUAAUAAACGGGAGUGUGACCCUGCGACGCAAUUCUCCUGCAAGAAUGGCCGCUGCAUCCCGAAAUUGUGGGUUUGCGACUUCGAUAACGACUGCGGUGAUGACUCCGAUGAACCGGCAUAUAUGUGUCGGCAAAAGAACUGCACCACGGGAUGGCAGAGGUGUCCAGGACGCAACAACUACAGAUGUAUCCCGAAAUGGCUGUUCUGUGACGGGAAAGACGACUGUCGUGACAAAUCCGACGAACUCCCCGAAAACUGCCCCCAAUGCAACCCCGCCACUGACUUCAAAUGCAACAACAACCGCUGUGUCCCCAACCAAUGGAAAUGCGACUUUUCGGACGACUGUGGUGACAAUUCGGACGAAAAUGACGAACUCUGUAAAGGCACCUAUCGCGCAUGCUCCGAAUCAGAGUUCAAAUGCGCCAAUAAUAAAUGCAUCUCGUCGAGAUGGCGAUGCGACCAUGAGGACGACUGUGGUGACAAUUCGGACGAGACGAGUUGUCGGGAAUUCCAAUGCAAGAAUGGUACCUUCCAGUGCGCUUCCGGUCACUGUAUCGCCUUCUACUUCCGGUGCGACGGUGAUAGAGACUGUCGCGACAUGUCCGACGAGAAAAACUGCCCCCCGAGGUACCCCGGUGGUCGGUACUGCCCCGAAUCGCGGUACCAAUGCAACAACCACUUGUGUAUCAGCCAAGCCGAUUUGUGUGAUGGUGCCGAUGACUGUGGGGAUGGUUCCGAUGAAGCGCCCUCUCUGUGCACCAACUUCACUUGUGACACUUUGAGACGCUUCCAGUGUGCUAAUCACAAAUGUAUCCCCAGGUACCAACUUUGUGACCAUGUUGAUAAUUGCGGUGAUGGUUCCGAUGAGAACAAUAUGACGUUAUGUGCCACUAAAAUCAAGCCUUGUAACGUCAUGACUGAGUACAAGUGUGCCAACAAAAAAUGUAUAGAUAAAGCACAAGUUUGUGAUUUUGCUGAUGAUUGUGGUGACAGUUCUGAUGAGUUGGGUUGUCAUCAUAAUAAUGUUUGCACUGUGGAUAACAGAGGAGGCUGUGAACACCACUGUAUGAACCUAACCGAUGGCGGUUACAUCUGUGCCUGUUACUCGGGAUUUAUCAUCUCGAAAGAGAAUCGGAAAGUGUGUCUAGAUGUCGAUGAAUGUGCCACUGGACUUCAUCAUUGUUCACAAAUUUGUACAAACUUGAAUGGGAGUUACACCUGUUCGUGUCAUGAGAAAUUCAGACUUUCGGAUGGAUUAUCUGGGGUUUGUAAAGCUUUAAACGAUGAUUUGACUCUGUUGUUUGCCAAUGGACCCGAAAUACGGUCCUUUAACCCGAAAAGUAACGAGGAAAAUGAUGUGAUAAGUGAGGAGAAACGAAUCGAGGCGAUUGACUAUAACCCCAAUACCCAAAUGAUCUACUGGGCUGACAGUUAUGACAAGACCAUCAAACGCUCCUACAUGAUCAACGCUGUUGAUGGGCAAGUCAAAGCCGGCUAUGCGCAGGACCUUAACAUGAAAGGCAACUCAAAACCGACAGCCUUGGCCCUUGAUUGGGUCGGUGACAACCUUUACUGGACCGAAACCGACCGAGCUGGUUCCAAGCCCAAAGGUAAAGUCAUGGUCGCUAAAACCGAUGGUAGAUAUCGGCGAGCUCUGGUCAACGUUGGCCUCGAAAACCCAACAUCCAUCGUGGUCGACCCACAAUAUGGUCGAAUGUUCUGGAGUGAUUCUGGUUCCGCACCCAAAAUUGAGGUUUCUUGGAUGGAUGGUUCCAAACGAAGACCAUUAAUCAUCGACGGAAUUCGCACUCCCACAGGUCUUGCAAUCGAUUAUGCCAUGGACCAUGCCCUCUACUGGGUGGACACUAAACUAAACAACAUCGAAUCGAUCAAAUAUGAUGGUACUAAUCGCAAAACCAUCCUCAGGGGAGAGUUACUCAAACACCCGAUUUCGAUCGAUGUGUUUGAAUCUGACUUGUAUUGGAUUACGCGAGACAGUGGCGAGUUAGUCAAACAGGACAAGUUCGGGCGAGGGGUCCCUGUGGUAGUCCAGAAGGACCUACUCAAUCCCUCAGGAGUCAAAAUUUACCACGAGUUGCGCUACAACAAGUCGAUUAGUAGCCCUUGCCGCGAGAACGAAUGCACCCACUUGUGUUUAUUGGUUCCGGGGGGUCACCGAUGUUCUUGCCCAGAUUCGGCAGUACCCUCGUCCCAUCGCACCAAAGCUGAGAUAAAAUGUGACGCAGCUCAAGAGCGUCCAAGACCCGAUCCUCGGAUUUGUUUGUGUCAAAAUGGGGGUCUUUGUCGCAAGACAGAUACAAAUGAGUUGGAAUGUGACUGCCCCCAUGAUUUCCAAGGACAGUACUGCGAUAUACACGCGGCUCAAAGCAGGGCCGAUGCUGCAUCGAGUACAAUUGCUAUUGUGGUACCAAUAGUCAUCUUACUGUUAUUGGGUACUGCGGCCGGGAUUUGGUUCAUCGUCCGGAAACGUCCAUUUGGUAAGGGCAGCGGCCUUGGCAGCUUAGCGAGCAGCCAAAGCGUGUCCUUCCGCCAAGGAACCAACGUCGAGUUCGGUUCAAACGCAUUCAACGCCAACGGCGGGGGCGCUGAGCCCCCUCUUGAUGUAGCCUACAGCCUGGACCCCAUCAGUAACAAAAACCGCGAUUUCCAUAAUCCCAUGUACGACGCCGUCCAAAACAACGCCGACACUGUCGGAAACGGUAGCGGAGCCUUGUACGAAGUCCCAGUGGAUGUAAAAUCAAAGGGAGAGACUUUCACUGAGCCCCCGAGUGCGGUGAUUGCCCCCUCGAGUGUCACACAUCGAUCGUCGCCCCAGGUGCAAGUGAGGCACCGCGAGUUGGAUCCUGCCGCCGCCGACACGGGGAAAGACACCCAAAAACUAGUAGAAGAAGACUGCUGAUAUAGGAGUAAAUGUUCGUUUCAUUGGUUAGUGUUAAUUAAGAGGUAGUGAAAUUCCAACAACUUUUCAAUACCAAAAAUCGAAGAAAAAGAAAUAUUUUUAUACAAGGUGUCGGUUUUAUUGAGAUUAAAUUGGCCUAACUCACAAAAAACAACAACAAAGUGCCAUUGACACCUAAUUAACAACGGGUUGUGCCAAUUUAGCUUUCUUCCGAAAUUAUGCAAUUAUUAGAUCUUCCAUUUUAUAAUUCUGUAAAUAUAGAUCAUAAUAUGAAUUAUCUUGUGAGUGAUCCAAUUUUACACUAACAUUCACAUUCCAGUAUUUGCAAUUGAUUUAGUAUUAAAGGUAGCAAGUUGUACAGUGUGGUUAUAAAUGAUUGUCAUCUAGCCAACUUUGGAAUUUUUUGUAAUUUCCAAUAAUAAUUGAUAAUAAUGUAUACUUUGGAUUAAAACAAGUUAAUAAUUUUUUAUUUUACAUGGAAAAUUGCAGCUGGCUAGAUGAAAAUCAUUUAUAAUCACAUUGUAUAUUCCUUCAGUUGGUUUUAUUUAUGACACCGUCCACGCUUGGGUAAUGUUGAUGUAAUAACACAUUUGUUUAAAAUUCAUUUUAAAUUUUAUUGAAUUGUUAUUUAAUUCAUAUAAUUUUAUAUAAAAAAUUUUAUGUUACGUUUUUAGAGAUGUCUAUUGUGAACAUUAUUAAAUCCUUCACUUAUCCACACUUUUUUAACCUUGAGAGUAACCUCAUCCAGUCAUUACGUCAAUAAGAAGAGAGUACUUAUUUCAAAUUUAAUAAUUUUCACAAUAAGUGCUCGGUUCCAAUCGUGUAUCUGUACAUAUUAACUAUUGAUAGUUUUGGGAGCAAAGAUGUAUGUUUUACAGUAAAUAAUAAAAGGUUGUUUAUAA